AUGCGACGUACGGAGGGAAUCACCCUCCUACGCCUCAUCCUCCGAACCCCAACUUCUACCCUCGAGGCCCUGGAGGCCCUAACCCUCCGCCUGACCACUCUCCCGGUCAUCAUGGAAGCUCGGGUCAUGGCGGCGGUCCGCCAUCUGGUGGUCCCCCGGGUGACGGCGGGGGCGGUGGUGGCGGUAAUGGCGGUGGUGGAGGUGGUCCCGGGUACGAUCCUUACGCUGGAAGCCCGUCUCCUGGAUCACCCUAUCACAGCGGAGGUCCUCCCGGUGGAGGUCCCCCAGACGGUGGACCCCCUCCUAACGGAGGCUGUUCCUACGGGCGUCCGCCUCGAUCAGAAGAUCUCGCGCGACUCCAUCCCGGAAUGGGACGGCAAGCUUCCUACGAUCCUCGUCUAUCUACACAAGAUGAACAACCUUGCCUUCAAGAACGAAUACGUCGCCAGGGAUCUAGGAGUCGCCGCUCCCGACCGCUUCACGGGUCGUGCGGAGAGUUGGUGGCAAAUGCUCGGUCUCCAACACCAACGGCUCUACUCAUCGAGUUGGUGGGCUCUCUACCAAGGCAUUAAGAUUCAAUUCUUCACACAUAAGUUCCUCAUGGCUCUCCGCACGCACUACGACGGCCAACAUUUCCGACAAGAAGGACACGAGAAGGAAUCCCCUCUGAGUUUUAUAGAUUGA